GGCCGGCCGAGAGCUCGUGGAGGCGCGGCAGCGACCGGCGCGCGGUAGCGCGCGGCUGAGGCCACUCCGAUCGGCAGAGGCAGCUCCGAUUCCCAGCAGCCCUCGCUCUGUGUUCCGAGUCCCCGGCCCCUAGACGCCUCGUCCCCUCACGCCUGCUUCUCUAUCCCUAUGGAUUCACUUCAGACUGGACAGAUGCUGAGCUUGCCCGCCGAGCUCGGCAGCGACAACUUAGAACUGGCGGAGCCGGCGGCAUCGGCGGCCCGCGGAGACACGGAGCCCCACCCGGAGGCGGCCACAGAAGGCCCCGCACCUUUAGGCGCUCCGGAGCCGGGGCCGGAGUCGGCUCCUCAGACUUCGACGCCGGAGUGCAAAGUCCUGCUCACGAAGGCUGACGCCCUGGCGUCUGGGGGGCGCCUCCGGGAAGCCCUCGAGGUGUACCGCCAGCUCUCCGAACGGCAGCAGCUGGUGGCCGAGCAGCUGGAGCAGCUGGUGCGGUGCCUGGCGGAGAAAGUCCCGCAAGGCGAGGCUCCGGCGCUGGCGCCCCCGGACGGGAGCGGUGCGGGGAGCCGCGAGGCGGCGGCCGAAGAGGCAGGGGCGCCAACCGCCGCCGAGGCUACCGAGGUGUGGGACGGCUUCAAGUGCCGGAAGUGCCACGAAUGCUCAACAGGAUUGAAUGCCGAUGUUUUCUUCCAGGCACACUUCAGAAAAGCACAGGCCUUGGCCACCUUAGGCAAGGUGGAGGAAGCACUAAGGGAGUUUCUAUAUUGUGUGUCCCUCGAUGGAAAGAACAAAAGAGCAAGAUCUGAAGCCCAAAGGCUUCUCCUUAGUUUCUUUUCACCAUCAGUCCCGGGGGAGUCUCAGGAACAUUUUCCCGAUAUCCUGAAGUUGUUGGCACCUCACCCUAGAUUAAAGGAACACGUAGAGUCAAUGGCUACUGAAGGCACCAGUCAUAAUCUACCAAAGUUACCACAGGAAAGCCGGGAGCUCCCGCACUGCUCUAGUCAGGAGGAAGCAGCGGCCGCGGGAGACCGCAGCAGCCUGGAGAACCCAGUUAAAGUAGAGGGGGAGGGGCAAGAAGGCAACGGGAAAGGCCAGGCAGGAGACCAGGAGGAGAAGGGGGAUGCUGCCUCUGCCAAGGCUGGCAAAUGCCAAGAAAAGAAAAGGAAACGCUGUCAAUUUGGACCCCAAGACCCAGAGGUGCCUACUAAAGCCAGAAAGCCAGAUCCUCCCGCUGACCAGGGGGCCAGAGCUGCGGUCAGUGCUCCACUCCCGUCCUUUGAUGCAUCUGACCUUGAAUGCUCCCUGUGUAUGAGAUUAUUCUACGAGCCAGUCACAACACCUUGUGGCCAUACAUUUUGUUUAAAAUGCCUUGAAAGAUGCCUAGAUCACAAUGCAAAGUGUCCGCUGUGCAAAGAUGGUCUUUCGCAGUGCUUGGCAUCCAGAAAAUAUAGCAAAAAUGUCAUAAUGGAAGAGCUAAUAGCUAAAUUCCUGCCAGAAGAAUUCAAGGAACGCAGGCGGCUUUAUGAAGAAGAAAUGGAAGAACUUUCCAACUUGAAUAAGAACGUGCCUAUUUUCGUGUGCACUAUGGCCUACCCCACGGUUCCUUGUCCCCUGCACAUUUUUGAGCCUUGUUACCGUCUGAUGAUCCGUAGAUGCAUCGAAACAGGUACAAGACAGUUUGGCAUGUGCCUUGGAGAUCCUGUCAAAGGGUUUGCGGAAUAUGGCUGCAUCCUAGAGAUCAGAAAUGUUCAGUUCUUUGCUGAUGGCCGCUCGGUGGUGGACAGCGUAGGCAAGAGGCGCUUCAGGGUCCUCCAUCAGGGCCAGCGAGAUGGUUACAAUACAGCCGACAUUGAAUACAUUGAAGACCAAAAGGUUCAAGGAGAGGAUCAGGCUGAGCUCAUGGGAUUACAUAACUGUGUCUAUGAGCAAGCGUCAUCAUGGUUUCAUUCGCUCAAAACCUCUCUGAAGAAUCGGAUACUCAAUCACUUUGGUCCAAUGCCAGAGAAAGAUGCUGAUCCUCAGGUGAGCCCGAACGGUCCAGCCUGGUGCUGGUGGACAUUAGCGGUUCUUCCACUGGAAAGCCGAGCUCAGCUCCCGUUCCUAGCGAUGAGGUCCUUGAAGGACAGACUGAAUGGGAUUCGGCGAGUCCUGGCCUUUAUAUCCCGGAACCAAAACUAGCGAGAGUGGAUCGCUGAGGAGAAGCCCCCACCCUCCCUGCCGGCUUGGGGGAGUCAUCUUGUAAAUAUAUCUAACUGCAAUAACAUCUUAACAGAAGGAAGUAUCAAACAGGCAUUUCCCUGCUGUUGAUCGCAGAGAGGAAUCGUGUAGAAAGGCCAGAAGCACGGGGCCUGUUUGAAACUUCCUGGCUGAAGAUGCUUCUUGACAUGCUGCACAACUACAUGCUCAGCAGAGGUGUUUAAGAGCCCAGAAAAAAAAAAAAUUCAUUUGAUUUUUGACAUCCAGUUUUCUGGAAGUUUAAAAUGGUUUUGCUUUCAUUUUCUUUCUUGCACAGAUAAAUGUGUAGUUGAAAUGUGAAGCACACAUUCUGGUAACGCUGCUGCGUUAUUUUCACGGACUUGGGUUCUCAUUCCAGAUGGUUCGGGUUUUAUACGGCAUUGUGUAGAAAAGAAUGUUCAUCCUUUCCGUUUUCAUAAUUUAUUUUUUUUUGGCACCACUGUAUCCCUUUUUUCUACCUGUCUGUUUGUCACUGUUUAAGUGUACGUUACUGAAGAGCCAGUUGCUUUAUUUAUUAACGUGGUUUGCCAUCUACCCAGGGGGAAGGAGCAGUGCUAGCAACGUGCCGUUUUUGCUUUAAACACAUUCUGCUGUGUUUGAUCCCGGUUUGCGAGCCGUUUUUGUAUCUGUCCCAUUGGAUGUGUAAAGGAGGUUCGGAAUCACGCUGAGACCGUCGCCCGUCACGGGUUCCAUGUUGCUUUCGUUUGGAAUUCAACAAUAUAAAAUACCUAAGCGAUUUGGCAGGCGUUAUGGAAUAGGCCAGGGUGAAGGAAAACAAUCCAUUUUCUGGGUGGGACACCGAGCAGGGCCGAAGGAAUGAUGGCUCUUGAAUGAAGACGUGACUCAGAGGGGCGUCGUUUGUGAGUGAUCUGUUUUAGGCAUUUAUUUUCAGCAAUCUAAUCAGAAGGGUCUCUCCCUUCUCCCCAGGGUUAGUUACCUGGCUGGCGCGUAUGAAAACACAUGAAGGGCUGCCGGUCAUUGAAGGCGGAAAGAAGCCAGUAGAGACAGUAGAACCCUUAAAAACACAGACACGCUGUCUUUCGGGUUCGUACAUCUUUUUAAAGGAAACAGACGACGAACCCGUGGUUUUAGCUAAACGCUGCCUUCCCUCCUAGCUGCUGCGGGCCAAAGAUUUCAACGUAGGGGAAGAACAGUGGAUAAGAAUGUAAGAGGGAGCCCUUGUUUAGCUUGCUUAGUGCUAGUGUGGUUCUGUCAGUGCCAGGAGAACCUGAAAAAGACUGUGAGGAGGGGGGGGUGUCCCAACGACGGCACGUGAGGAGAUUAGGGCAGGCGAGAAGUGAAUCACGCCAUCCGUACCAUCGUGCAAACUAUCCCCCCACGUGAUCCUUGGACGGACCCAGCGCAGCCCGUCUACUCCUUCGAGGAGAGGUGAGUGCCUCAGGGAAUCGACCUGACUUCUUCCCACUACCUGCAGCCAGAAACAGAGGACAGAGUAUGACGUGAUCCACGUAAGCUGAAACCAAAUGAUCCCUCCUUCUGAACUUGCUAAAUGGGUGCUGCAUUGUCAGAGCGUUGUGUUGUGUUACCAGGUUUGAUGUUCGCAGCCAGACUGGGCCGGCAAAGAAUGGACGUAUAGGCGUGGUUACUGCCCAAGCAAGCUCUGCAGGGCUCGGGGAGCAGGGAAUUAAGCGUUCCUCUUCCGGCUCGGUGCCCAGCCAGCCAGAAGGUCAGAGCACAGUCCUCGUGAAAUAGUUUCCUGUCAUCUCGUGUAAAUGCAGCAGAGGAAAGGUCGUAAACAUCUGCGCUUGGUAGAUGUGUUCCCUUGUGAUUGAACUUCUUCUGGGCCCCAGUUUCCUCAUCUAGCAAAGGGUAGUGACCAAUGCCCCGUGUAGGGAUGUUAACGGACAUUAUAUGAGGUAACGUAUGUAAAUCGCUUAGCACAGUGCCGAGCACCUAGGAGACAUCCAAAAAAUAAUAGCUGUGAUUAGAUUGUUCAUAGUUACGGAAUAUCAUCAGGGGCCCACACUUGCAUAAAACACUGCCUUUCCAUGCGGUACCCAUAUCUGCCCCUUUAAACUUGGCUGGGGAGAUCCCCACCGCUGAUUUUCGGACCAUAACUUGAUGCUUUACAGUUAAUUCCCUUUGGAGCCACGUCUGUUUGGGAAAACGAAAAGACUCGAGAAGAGAUGAGGGUCAGAGACAAGGGAGGCUUCUGGGCCAGCCAGUUUUCCCUGCUCCAAUAAGAUUAAAAAGCAGUGCUGUCUGGAGGUCUAGAAUUGCCAAUAAAAAUCUUGGCCGUGCCAGGGUGAAUGGGUUUCACAGUCUGACUUCUGUGCUUAGUUCAUGGGAUUUCCUUAUGCUGCCCCAACAAACUUAUUUUGAACCUGCUGUGUACCAGGUACUGAGCCAGGCGAUUUCACAUAUGUGAGUUCAUUAAAUCACCUAUUCUGCACAGCAGCCCUGUGAGAUCAGUUAUCACGCCCAGUAUCACAGAUGAGAAGGCUGAGGUUCUGUGGUGUUAAAUACUUUGUCCAGAUAGCACAGUUAAGCAGUUACUAGCAUAGCCAAGAUUGACGUUGAACCCCUUCCUUUGCAUAUGUUUAACAUUUUAAACAGUUUGUGUUGCACGUAGUUGUAUUAAACAGGCAUGGCAACUGAGUCACCAAAGCUCCCCAGAAGCUCACAGUUCAGAUGGAAGCUGCAGGCUCAAUAAAAUUCAGUUACCUCACACACAUUUCUACUUAAUCUCGGUAGAAAGGGAAGUUUGAUUUUUUUUUUUUUCUUUAAAUAAAGUUCCACAUCCUAGAAUGUUCCAUGUCGGUAAGUGAGCACCUAACUCCAGCACACGUAGAUCUUGGCUGGAACAGAGUUGCCCUGUACGUUCAGUGGCCUAAAUAGACGUUUGGGUUAUUUUAUAGCAAGCUCUGGUUUCAGCAGUGGUGGGAGGCAGGGUGCAAGGCUAAGCCUUGGCUUUCUGUGGGAUGUACUUGAAUGGGGCAGUCAGUUGAAUGUGGCCAUUUUCGCCCCUUAUAAAUUGAUUUUGCUGCAAAGCUUGGGUUUGAAGAGAAUACGGAGAAAAGACAUAAAGCUAAAUCUAGGCCAGAAGUACAAGACUUCCCCCUUGGUAGAUAGGGCCAUUUAUUUGGUUAAUUUUCCUAUCAUGACCUAGAUUAUUUUUUCUGUGUAUGUAUAUAUAUAUGUGUAUAUAUAUAUGUAUAUGUGUGUGUAUGUGUGUGUGUGUGUGUGUGUGUAUAUAUAUAUGUAUAUAUAUGUGUGUGUGUGUGUGUGUGUGUGUGUGUAUACACAUUAGGUACCAGGCAGAUACUAUGCCUUUCUGCUUUGUACUGUACUACCACUGCUAGCUAAUAACCAGCAAAAUGUAGAAAAUGAAAAAUGAUAAAGCUAAUUUUCUAUAGACAACCUGGAGAAAAGAGUGCUUGCCCCUGACUUAAUGGGGGCAGAGAACUGACUAUUUCAAGAAUUUGCCUUUUCUGAAAGCCGACUGCUUCCCGCCCCGUGGGGCCAGUCGAGUCGCUGCGUGUGUGGCGCUUCCAGCUCUGCCUGCGGGGCUGGCCUGGGCUCAGAUAAUCCCCUGUGACUGGCCGUGGGAGUCGCGGAGCUCCUGAGGCUGGCUCACAGCACCCAGAGGUCUCGUACUGUCCACAGCCUGCAUGCUGUUGAUGGGCCAGAAUCCACUGGGGACAGCGUGCCCCUUGCCAAACUCCAUUUCCAAGAUGGGAGUUCUAUUCAGGGACUCGGUCCUUGAGUUCCCAGCAUGUUGACUUUGCAUCCGUUUCCUUUUAUCAAGGCAGAAUCAUAGCAGAGGGGUUGGGGCAAGGAUGCAAAUGGAAGGCAGCCCCCAUAGUGGAAAAGAAUAGCUCUUUCAGCCCAUCUGGGGCCUGAGGGACGAGGUUGAUUUACGAUUGAAAACAGUUCUGAAAAGCAGCCAGCUGCACGGGGCUACAGCUUGGGGCCCUUCCUCAGUGCAGAGAGAAAGAAGGAAAUGGAGUCAUGUAAGAUGUGCACAUUCAGUUCCUCUUAGAAUGAUAGCUCCCACUGUCCAACUGUUUAAUAAUCUGGGUGGAGCGCAUCCAGAGUCGAAAUGAAGACGUUUUCACUUACAAAUAGGUAUUUUGCAACGCGCUACGUUCACCUUGAGAGAGAAGUGCCUGUAAUCUCUGUUCCUGGUGUCAUUUUAAAGCUUUCGCUUCAUGACUUUGUAGCCGUUUAAAAAUUUGUCGCAGCAAAUGUGAUUAACAGAAGUUUACAAAGCAGCACUGUAGCUUAUGUGUCAUGUUAAAAGUCGCCUAACGUUUAGCUAAUGUAAAAGCAGCAACAAUAAACAACAACAAAAUAAAAGGAGAGCAAAUAGGUCAAUGUGGCAUCAUAGGCUUAUCUGAGAUACACUAGUUCCAUCAUUUUAUGCAGUCCUCAGUAAUGCCCGGAUUAAAAUAUCAAGCAAGGCAUUCAAACAGUGGCAAAUGUGUCUGUGUAUUUGUUAUUCCAGUUGUUCGUUAAGCAGCCAUUUUACUCUUGCACUGUAAUAAACUGAAAGGGGAAUUAAGAUAAUGCUUUCUUCCCCCCAUAUUGCUGUUCAACUACCUCUAUAUGCUUGGUUUCUCUUUAGGGUUUUCUUUCCUCCAAAUCUGUACAAAAGCAAGAUUUCAGCUCUUCUGCGUUGUCAUAACAAUGUGAUAUAGACAGUCUCUGUGAAAGCUGUUUGUUCAUUAGGAAUGUUUCCCGUUGUCUCACUUUGCAUCUAACAGAAUUCUACCCGUAACCUUAGGGCAAGAAUUACCCAAAUAGGUAUCGUUUUUUGGAAGCCGAAUAGAAAGGAAAGCUAUUGGACCAUUUAACUUGAUCUCGUUCCCGUUGCUUAUAAUACGUUUGACCGGAAGACCUCUGGUCCAAGUAGCCUUGCACUUAGACACUAAGUUCUUAUGCACUUGACAGUGAGGCCGGUGCGAGCUAAUUAAUGUGACUGAUGUGUUCUGAAAACCUUGCCAUAAACUGUUUUAAAAAAUGCACCAGGAAAUCUUGUUAUUUACAGAAUUUUGUCGAAGCAUCUUGCCAAUAAUCCGCCCCUAGUUUACUUGUUAAGUCCAUUCAUAUAUUGGGUUUGCUUACAGCGGAACGCGCUACCUACUGUGUUUUCUUUGGCAUUAUAAAACAUUUGUGAAAGUAAA